AUGACCAUCCUCCAAACCUGUGAGGGACUGGUGGACAUUCUUGGAGUCGACAUGAACCUGGCAUCAUCACCACAGCCCUUUGGCUCUGUUACUGGCGGCACAAUACGAUUGCGGGGGCCUUUGGCGAAGGCAAUGCUUGCCGAAACGUCGAAACACAAAUGGGAGAUCGAUUUCUUUCCCGGGCAACAGCAAAAGGAAGAGGAACCAGAGGAACUGGGCGACCCUACGAUUUUGACCAAGUUAAAAACGACGGUUCAAUGGGACGAAGAGGAUAUGCAAAAUAUGGCACAGUCCGUCAAAGUUUACUUCGCUCCAUUCGAGGCCAGAUUUACCCCCUCGGCGAUCUUCAGGUUAGAGGACUGGUGUUACUGCCAGUUUCGAAGGAUCGGUAUUUUCGACGUGGAGGAGUCCUGGAAGGAAGAGGAGGAAGAGGAGGAAGAGGAGGAAGAGGAGGAAGAGGAGGAAGAGGAGGAAUUCGCAAUUCGUUACCCUUAUUUGGGUUUACGCGCCCACCUCGUAUCCAGUGUCUCCGCCGCCUUCACUUCCUCGUUUGCAAACUUUAGCCUCCUCCUUCUCUGUGCUGUCACAAUCUUGUGA